AUGGGACCUGGCGAGUGCCAGCAAGAAACCGGGAGCCGCCCGAAGCCAGAGCGGGGCGCGGGGGGCUGCCCGGCGGGGCCCAGGAAGAGAAAGCGAACCACGUUCAGCCGGGGGCAGCUGUGCGAGCUGGAGCGGGUAUUCGCCGCGCUGCCCUACCCCGACAUCGGCACCCGCGAGCGCCUGGCCGAGCUUACCCACCUGCCGGAGGCCAAGAUCCAGGUCUGGUUCCAGAACCGCCGCGCCCGGAGGAUCAAGAGCGGGAAACUGGAGCAGCCGAGCUGCCGGCGGGAUCUGGCCAGUAAACCGCCCCCCUUCUGCCCCCCACCGCCCCAGGGCAGCUCCCUCCUGCCCCAGGGACAAGGGGCCAGAAUCCAACAGGUGCCUGAGCUCCGCCUGCCCGACAGCUGCCCCCAGCAGUGCCUGGGGCAAGCGCUACCUGGCCUCAUCUCUGCCUUCCAGGGGCAGCUCCUGUGGGAAGACAGCAGCCAGCCCCCCUGCAGCCAGGCAGGAGCCCACUGCCCUGUGGCUGCCCCCAGCCAGGAGGGGGCGCAGGAAGCAGACCCCAUGGCCGGUGAGGGGCUCUCCUAUUGGGAUGUGUUCCCUGCGCAGACCUCCCUCGGGUACAUUUCUGACCUCAUCUAUAAUGCGGCCAUUGUCACCAACCUGGGCGAGCCCUAGGCCUGGCCUCGGCCGAGGCGGGUGCUGCAGGGGUCAUCGUGGGGCAGCCGUCAGGCCUGGCGCUUAGA